AUGGAAAAUAGGCACCAAAGCCUGCGUAUCACUCUUCCCAGCCCAUUUUCAGCCUCCCAGGACCCAGAGUUCUGCCCAGUGGAGUGGGCGGAAAGAUCGCUGGCCAGCACCCAGGCCAGGGACCGUUUCUCCACCCAGGAACACGAGACUCCUGGGAAUCUGAGAAUUCAAAUUCAACCCUUCACCUCUAGCGCCCUUCCCGGCGCACAUGGUUGCUCCCGGGAUCCCAGGGCCAGGGAGCGCGCCCACCUCCGCCAGCCCGACCCGGCCCUGCAGCUGACCCAGCGGGAGGAGCCGGCGGUGCCCAGACAGACGGACAGUGGCUGGUCCAGCAGGAAGGUCGGGCAGGGAAGGGGGCAGGAGUACAGGGCCACGUGGAUAACCAAGGUCUUCCUGGAGGCGGCCCUUGAACCCAAGGCAGGAACGCUGAGAGUGCAGAGGGGUGACGCCCAGACAGCAGGGGAGCAGCCCUCAGGCCCCUUGAUCUCCCUGGGAGAGGCCGCCGCCGAGGACCACGUGUCCUCCUUUCAGGAGCGGAGGGGCACCGUUCUGCGGCCCCCGUGGUCCUUUCGCGGUAGAAUCGCCCCUCCCGGCCUUUUCUCCUCUGUGUUCACGGAGGAGCGCCGGAUCGCACCACGUUUAAGUGCAGCUGACGCGAAGGACACGUGUGCCGGCAAGCGAUCACAGACCCCUCCCGGCUCCAUCCGCCUCAGGAGGGAGCACGUGCGUGCGCCAGGCGUUCUCCCCGAGGUGACUUUUUAA